GUUGAGUCCAGCCACUACGCUAUCCAGCCUUGAGAAGAUUGACCAUAUCUGUCUUUACUCUUAUUUUAUUCAUCUCAUCUUUUAACCCCUUUGGUUUCUCUUCGUCUGCCUCCACAUCAUACACAGGUCAGGCUGGUUGUUUGGAAAUGAAGCUGUGUCUUCUUCUUUUCUUGCUUUGUCUCUGCUGUCUGGGACUGACUGAGGAGCCCACUCCAGGAAUUCCUGAUGUCUCCGGUCCUGUCGAUGAAGAGGAGGACACAGAGGAGGAGGUCCAGAGCUGCGGAGGAAGGCAGUUGUUCAGCCCUAAGGAACACAGGGCAAUAGGGGGCACCAUAGAGCGACUGGGUUUACAGAUCCUGGAAAAGCUUCCUAUCGGUCCACAGCAGCCGAACAUCGUUGUGUCACCUCUCAGCCUGGCCUUUGCCCUCGCUCACCUCACCUUAGGUGCUCGCAACGAGACAGAGAAGCUGCUGCUGAAGAGCCUUCAUGCCCACAGUCUGCCGUGUUACCAUCAUAUACUUGGAGGCCUUGUACCUCAUUUCAGAAACACAUCGUUAGAGGUGGCGACACGCAUGUACCUGAGACCAGGAUUUGAAGUGAAGUUGUCUUUUGUUGAGGAUUCUUUGGCCAGGUACAAAUCACAGCCCGUCCCUCUGGUCUCUGUGGAGGAUGUCAACCAAUGGGUGGAGAACGCCACCAAUGGUCACAUCCCCAACUUCCUGGAAAGUAUUCCACAUGACGUGGUGCUUAUGCUCAUGAACGCUGUGUACUUCAAAGGUGAAUGGCAGACACGAUUUGACCCCCUAGGGACUUCUAAGGGAAUUUUUUACCUAGACAACCAGAACUCUGUGUCUGUGAACAUGAUGAAAUCUGCCCAGUACCCUCUCCGCCUGCUGGAUGAUCCAGAACUGGAAGCACAGGUUGCCAGUUUUCCCUUCAAGGGAAACACCAGCUUCUUAAUUGUCAUGCCCCUGCCGGGCAGAGGAAACAUGUCAUCAGUACUUUCAAAACUGAACAUCUCCGACCUUUACAGACGUCUACCUCAGGAGAAAACAAUGCAGGUCAACUUACCCAAGGUGAAGCUACAGUACCGCCAGGAGCUCCAGGAAGCGCUGACCAGCAUGGGCCUCGGCUCCCUUUUCUUGGGUCCUGAUCUUUCUGGGAUUUCCGACCACCCUCUGAAGGUGACCGGUGUCCGCCACGCCAGCACCGUGGAACUCAGCGAGGAAGGCGUGGAGGCAUCCGCCACCACUGUUGUAACCUCCAUGCGCUCCAUCUCCCUCUUCUCCGUCAACUCUCCCUUCCUCUUCGCCCUCGUCGAUGACGCCUCUCUGGCCCCCCUCUUCAUGGGCAUCGUCACGAACCCCGCCCCAGACAACGACCCCAUGCUCAAUGAUGAUCCCCACGGCAACAGCACCAUGAGCGACCAGCCUGCGACGGAGAAAAGCAAACACAACAACAGGUCGUGCAGCGAGACAGAGCCAGCAGGGGGCAGCAGCGUUCAGUCAUGUAGCGCCCCCGCUGGUGAGAGGGAGCAGCAAGUAAAUGGACUGGAGAUCAGUGACGGGAGGAAGAAAUAAAACCUGCGACUCUGUACCUGCUUCAGAUCUUACUUGUCAAAGGAAUAGUUCCACAUGUUUGGAGAUACGCCUAUUGGCUUUGUUGCAGUUAGAUGAUACCACUCUCAUGCCUGCAACCAAUGCAGUAGUGGAGACAGACAUGAGAGCGGUAUCCGAUGGUCAUUUCUAACUCUGCAAGAAAGCAAAUCAUUUCCCAGAUUGUCAAACUUUUCCUUUAAAGUAUAUUCAGACGUGCAGCAGCGGAUGAAAACCUUAGUCUUGUGUUGCUCGAAAGGCAUUGUAGUUCAAAAAUACGAAUACACUGCAAUCAUAGUGAUGAGUAUUGAGUUUUAUAUGAAAGAGUCAAUAAUUUAAAAUCCUAAAAUUAAUGUUUGUAUGUAGUAAUCAAUUUUAUCAAGCUUCUCAGCAGUGCCUGAAUUGGACGAAAACCCUAAAAAGAGCCAGUUGUCCCUCAACUAACCCUAAAUCUUUUUAAAUCAGUCUUAACACAGACAAUCUUAGUGCUGUUUUUUUAGCAUUGAGCAAUAUUGCUAACUUUUUUCUAUCCGUAUUCUGCCUCUGGUUGGCUGUGACCUUGACAUUUAACCCGAGAGAAGAAAUAAGGAUACUGAUGUGGACAAAAAUCAGAAGUGCCUUUGAAUAUGGGCCCAUUUCAGACACUGCUUGUCAGGCUUGUGUUUAGUGACUGUUUAUAAUACAUUUAUUAGGCCUGGUGAUGCAUUUAAAGACUGUUUCAUACCAAAACAAGUUGUGCAUUAUGAUGUUAAAAAUUUUUUUCUUUGCAGAUGUUUUAUGCUGAUUUUAAUUUGGUGUUCAGCCACUGGAAAUAAAAUGUUGACAAUAAAA